AUGUCCGCUCUGACGGAACUACUGCCAGCUGCCACGCUCCGCCCCUCCCCCCGGCCUCCUCACCGCCCGGAUCCGUCCGCCAACGCCGCGCCGCGCGCAGCGCCUCCCCGGCGGAAGGGGGACGGUUUGCGUCCCACGUCCCGGCCGGGCGGAGUCCCGGCCACCCCCUCCCCCGGUAUUCGCGUUCCCUUCUCCUUCUCGGAACAGCACCUUCUGACAAAACACUUCCGAGGUUGGACUGGAAGGGCGGGGGACGGAGGCGGGCUGUGGAUGAGGAGGGGGAGGGGAAGCCGGCGGCGGAAACCCUUAGGCCCAGAGAAGCAUCGAGAACCGGAAGGAGACCGUGGGAAGAAGGUAAUGGAAGAGCGGCAGCUGCGCGGUAGAGAGCCCCACGCCCCUCCCAAUAGCGUCCCCCCAAGUUCCUCACUUGGUGUCGAGGCGGAUCUCGCGAGAACCUCGUGGCCGGCUAACCGGAGCUGGGGCUCUGCAGUGACUUUAAGUCCCAAGUUUUGUGCGCUCUUCCUGGCCGGGGCCCGCCCACCAAGCCGCAGACUCUCGCGAGACGCCCGGGGAGGCCGGCUCGCAUUGGGCGUGCCGCCGCGGUGGAAGCGCCGCCCCUGGGUGCCGAUGCGGGAGGGAGGGGGCGGAAAUGGAAUUCCUCCCACUGGCCCCGGCGCGCGCCGCCUCAGCCGUCACUCACGCCCCCGGCCGGGAGUGCGCCGGGAGUGGCCGGAGGUCAAUGACGGGAUGCCGCUAGUCGGGGCUGAGCCGGGCGAAACUAGGUACAGUGAUAAUGUUCUCACAGAUCUAAAGGGGACUCAUAAUAUCCAGGAAGAUCCACAAAGAACAACUUCAAAGAAACCAAACAUGGAUUCUCCUAAUAUAAACAAGCUUAGGUAUAAAAAAACAAACGGGACAUUACUGUUAUGCAUUAAUAGACAAAUUUGAGCUUAAAGUUUUAAACGUUUUUGUACUACAAACCACAUGGGCAGUGUGCUAAAGCCAUAGACCCUUCUCAGGGUGUUUUAUUCAUAUAUACUGAAAUGUAUUAUAUUCCAGAUGAAGACAUUGGAAAUGUAUCAAAAUUAAGUAUGUGCCUCCUUAACAAAGUAAGAUCUAGCACUUGCUGUAAAGACCAGAUUUUUGGUUUUUAUGUAUGUAAUGAGUUUAUGUAUGUAGUAAGUUUGCACAAUGGGUUUCCACAACUGGUACACAAAUGAUUUAUGCCCAUUUGUCGACUUUUUCUUUGAGUACCUAUGAAGGUAUACUAUUGAGAAUGAACAGAAUAAUUCAUUUCUCAAGCAUUAUAGGUAAGUUGGUUUUAUUGUAUCACAUUUAUCAUGUCUUUGUAAAUAUUUGUUGAAGAAGUACAAAAUGAAAAUAAGGACAAAAGAAAUUUAAAUGUUACAUAAAUUUUCAACUUUUUUUAAUGUAACUAAAGCGCUGCUAAGAACAUUAUCUCAGAUGAAAAUCAUUAUCUCAGGUGAAAAUAUUCAAGUUUAUACACCUAGGAAGUAGUGGAGGCAGGAUUUAAACUUACUUAGUCAGACCUCAAAGCUCACACUCUUCAGCUACUAAGGCAUUUGAUUAUUUUGAGCCCUUUAUUUUGUUUAUUUUUUUUUGGGGGGGGGUCCGGUCGUGGGGCC